CGGGCGGGGACAGAAGGCGGGGCGGCACGGUGAGGGGCGGUGUCGUCGCGGUAUAGGGGCGGUGGCGGCGACGGAGCGGUGGUCCUUGCGCGAUGGCCGCUUCGGUUUUGUGCUGCCUGCGAUGCUGCAGAGACGGCGGGACGGGCCACAUCCCUCUGAAGGAGAUGCCGGCUGUGCAGCUGGACACGCAGCACAUGGGAACAGAUGUUGUCAUUGUAAAAAAUGGAAGAAGAAUAUGUGGAACAGGAGGUUGUUUAGCCAGUGCACCUUUACAUCAAAACAAAAGCUACUUUGAAUUCAAAAUCCAGUCUACAGGAAUAUGGGGUAUUGGUGUUGCAACUCAGAAGGUUAACCUGAAUCAGAUUCCCCUUGGCCGAGAUGUGCACAGUCUGGUGAUGAGAAAUGAUGGAGCCCUAUACCACAACAAUGAAGAGAAAAACAGGCUGCCAGCAAACAGCCUUCCACAGGAGGGAGACGUGGUGUUGAUGACAGUGCAAUUUUGGAUUGCCAGUUCAGUGAAUUUUAUCAUACUCCUCCACCCGGUUUUGAGAAAAUAUUAUUUGAACAGCAGAUCUUCUGAAUGUAUUAUUUUUGAAACUUGUAUUUCUGCACUGUUACAAGUGUUUACCAUUUAAUAAAGCUUUAUCUGACCUGUAGAUGAAAUUAUAUUCUUAAAAAUUUGCUUGUUAAUAUUAUCUAAAGAAGCAUUGUAUUCAAUAUGCCACCCAGAGUGUUGAGUUAAAAUAAUUAUGCUUUGUGCUAUAAAAAUCAGCAUUUGGGGCAGUUUAUUAAUUCUUAUUUAAAUAAAUAUAUCUAUGAGUUUUAUUAACAGUAUUAAUGGUAAUAUGUGUAUAAAUAUUUAAAAGGGAAUCUUUCUUAUAUAAAGUGUUUUGAUAGAGAUAAGAGAGUUGGGUGAUUUUUUUUGUCAUUCUGAAAUUUAGAUCUCACUAAUUAUUUUAAAUCUGAAGCCCAGUAAUUUUGUGUCUCCUUGACUUUUUUAUAUACCUUAUAACAAAAUAACAAAUUUAUAUUAUUGGCAACUUCAUUUUUUUUAAUCUAUUUAUGGUAUUAAUGUACCACUUAUAACUUAAAUUGCUUAUUGUUAUAUCACUAUUUUUGAUUUGCUUUGUAAAAGAAGUUAAAAAUUUUAGCACUUGUCAGAGUAUUUUGCUGAAGACCACCAUGCUGUGUUACUUCAGAGUAAGUGUGUUGAUUAAUGAUGUAGUGUGCACUGGCAGACAUUUAGAGUAAGAAUAGUAUGCUGCUUUAAAUUUAAAUGAGAUUAUUCUCUUAAAGACUUUAUUUAAAUAUGUUUUCUGUAAUGAAUGAUAGUAGUAAUUAAGGAAUAUUCAGUUCUAUAUUAAAUAAAUUUAUCCUGUUUUGUUAAUUGUACAAUAAAUUCACUUCUCCCUUAUUUUAGAAGUUCAGAAACAAGUGAUUCUUUUCCAUGACCUUGAGCCUUUGCCUAGGUUUCAUUGAGAGUCAUGGCCACUUUCCCUUUUUUUCAAAUGAGCAUGCUGAAGAUUUAUAUAUUUCACUCCUUUAAUGAACAAGAAGCAGUACAAUAUACUGUAUUAGAAGAACAUGGACAUUAAAACUGGGUGGACAUCUGAGUUGUAGUUUUGCUUCUAAUGUCAUUAUCUUCUCAGGAGGUGAGUUUUCAGUGCCUCCAUACCCCAAGAUUCUCCACUUAAAGGAAAGGAAAAUUAUACCCACAUGCUAAGAUCCUACAGCUAGUCAGUUAAUAAGAUUAUAUAUGUAAAAUGUCUUACUCAUCAUAGGCACUGAAUAAAUGUAGUUUCUUCCUCAUUG